UUGGUUCUUACCCUCUUCACCGCCAUAAGAGCGCUGAAACAGACGUCGCCUGACCUUCAGCAAGGAAAUGACGACUCGCGAGCAGACGCAUGUCCUCCGUUCUUCGGACAUGCUGCUGCGAAACGGACAAGAGCCACGCUCGCGCUCCUAAAUGCUCCCAUCGGAAAGAAUCUGCGCCACUGCCAACAUAGCCGCUGCUUCCGUGCAUCUAUCAGCAGUCAAUGCCCUUCAUUCACCACCUUCUCCUUCGCGCGCCGGACCAACACGACGCGGACACGUGUGCGGAAAACCGUGCUAUCGGCGUUCGUCCGACUUCCGUCAGACCGCCAGGUUGCAGCCAGUCGGUCACGAACGACCGCAUGCUGGUCACGAAGCUCGCCGGGGUCUAAUAGGCGCCAUCGCAGAGCUAGCCAGGUAGUCACGACAGCCCGCUGGCACCCUCCCACCCCAUUCCCCCCGCCAGCGCGCGCCCCCUCCCCUUUCUUCCCUCUUAUCGGACGUAACGCACGCCAUCGAGCCGCCGGACGCGAAGACGCAGCAGCCGAAUAG